UCUCUCGUCUGACAGAUAUAACCACUCUCUCUAGAAUUAGAACCCCCCGAAAGAAGAAAGGAAAAAAAAAUCUAGGGUUUCGUACGUUUUCUCGUUCAAUCAAAUAUUAUUCACUAUGGAUGAAGAAGAAGAAAGUCCAGGUGUUUCUAGAGUUGACGGUGAACAACAAUCAAACAACAAGGUAGUAGUAGAAGAAGAAGAAAAAGAAGAGAUGAAGUUGCGCGAAGAAGAAAUUGUAGUUGAGUUACCAGAAAACCCUCCUCAACAAUUCGAGUUACUUCCUCAGGUAAAUGAUACCGAAAUGGUUGUUGAGAAAGAAGAGGAGGAGGAUUCUAUGGUUGUUGUUUCAGAGAUGGUUGAUGAACUUGUUGGUGAAAACCCCCCUACUCUUCUUCUCGAUAAAAUUAAUAAUGACAAUAUGAAUGAUGAUGAUUCCAAGGUAGUUGAAUUUAGUUCUUCUCAGGUUGAUGAAAUUACUCCUCCUCCUCCUCAGGUUGAUGAAAUUACUCCUCCUCCUCCUCAGGUUGAUGAUUCGGAGGUUGUUGAAAAACUUACUCUUCCUGGUGUUCAAGCAUCGGUUGAUUCAGAGAUAGUUGAAACCCCUCCUUCUGAGGCUGUUGUUCAACAUUUGGUUGAUUCAGAGAUAGUUGAUAAACCUCCUUCCGAGGUUAUUGUUCAACAAUUGGUUGAUUCUGAGAAAGUUGAAAAUCAUCAACCUGAGGUUGUUCAAGAACUGGUUGAUUCAGAGGUUGUUGGAUCACCUUCUUCGAAGAUAAUUAAAUCCUCAUCUCAUGCUGUGGAGGAAAUGGUUGAUUCAGAUAUAGUUGAAAACCCUACUUUGUGUGUUGAAGAUAUGACUGAGGAUCCAAAGUUAUCUGAGAACCCUAGCCGUCCUCUUGUUGUUGAAGAUAUGAUUGAAGUUUCAGAUGUAGUUGGAAAUUCUUCCGAUGCUGCAUUAAACCUUACUCUUGUUGUGAAACACAUGAACGAUGAGUCUCAACUUAUUGGGAACUCUGAGGUUGUGGCAGCCGAAAUGGGGGAUUCACAAAUACUUGAAAGUCAGGUGGUGGAAGAAACAGGUGAUACACAAAUACUUGGAAACCCUCCUGUUGUAGCAGAAGAAAUUGAAGUCUCGAAGAUAGCGGAAGACGCCGUGGAAAUUAAUGAUAUGGAACUUGUUGGAGGUGCUGGAAAUGUAGGAGAGGUAGAUGCCUCAUCAAUCAUUGCAGAUUCUUCUGUAAUCCUUGUAAAGGAUGACUCGAAUUUGGUUGGAAGUUCUCCUAUUAUCCCAGAGGAGGGCAAUCAGGAGAUGAAAGGAGGUUUGCCAGUAACCACAGGUAUGGAAGAUUCAAAAUUGGUUGGAGAUUCUCCUGUUAUCCCAGACAAGCCCAAUUCGGUGAUUAAAGUAGGUGCUCCGGUCGACACAGAUAUGGAUACAAAACUCGUUGGAGGUUCUCCAGUUACAGUAGAUAUUGAAGAUGCAAAAUUGGUUGGAGGUUCCCCAGUUAUCCUGAACAUGGAUGAUUCAGAGUUGGCUGGAGGUUCCCCUGUUGUAGAAGAAUCUGUUGCUGAAGAAGCAACACCUUUAGAUGAAAUGGAUUUGGAGGAGAUGGAUAUUGCGGAAGAGAGUGGGAAAGGUACACCUAAAAGGAAACGUGGUCGUGCAGCUAAGGCUUCGGCAAAACCCGCGACGAGGAAGAAAAUUGAAGAGGAUGUUUGUUUCAUUUGCUUUGAUGGAGGCAACCUUGUCCUUUGUGAUCGCAGGGGUUGUCCGAAAGCAUAUCACCCUGCCUGUGUUAAUAGAGAUGAGGCGUUUUUCCGUACAAAGGGACGUUGGAAUUGUGGUUGGCACAUAUGUAGUAACUGCGAAAAGGCUGCUCAAUAUAUGUGCUUCACAUGUACGUAUUCACUGUGCAAGACUUGCAUCAAAGAAACUGAUUUUUCAUUCGUCAGAGGAAAUAAAGGCUUCUGUCAAGCGUGCGUAAAAACCAUUAUGCUGGUCGAAAAGAACGAGCAGGGUGAUUAUGAUGACAAGAAUAGUUGGGAGUUCCUCUUCAAGGAUUACUGGCUUGAUCUGAAAAGGAAUCUGUCAUUAACACUAGAGGAGCUCACUCAAGCAAGAAAUUCUUCAAAAGGUUGUGGUGUAUCAGCUCGUAAGGAGGAGUUCUCUGAUGAAAUUCCUAAUGUUAACAUUGAUCAAAGGUCCAACUCAGACAGCGGUUCUGAAUGCCCAAAAGUAGCUGCAACUCUGAAGAAAAGGAAGUCCAAAAGAAAAUCAAAGCUUUCCACCAAGGAGGAUGUCUCUGGUAGUGACGGGCACUCAAUGGUGGGUGAUAAUGAGUGGGCAUCCAACGAGCUCUUGGAGUUUGUUGCGCACAUGAAAAAUGGCAAUACAUCCAUUUUAUCCCAGUUUGAUGUCCAAGCUCUCUUAUUAGAUUACAUAAAGAAGAAUGAUCUUCGUGAUCCUCGUCGCAAAGGUCAAAUUGUAUGUGACACAAGGUUGAAAAAUCUAUUUGGUAAGGAACGUGUUGGACAUUUUGAAAUGUUAAAGCUUCUUGAAUCUCACUUUCUUUUGAACGAGGAUGCUCAAGCUGAUGAUCAAGAGGGAAAUGUUGAUACUGAGGCUAGUCAGUUGGAUGCUGAAGGCAACAGUGAAGCCUCAACAAAAGCUGGGACAGAUAAGAGACGAAAGAGAAGUAAAAAAUCUGAGAAAGGUCCACAGUCAAAUGUCGAUGAUUAUGCGGCAAUUGAUGUGCACAAUAUUAACUUAGUUUACCUGAAAAGGAACUUGAUGGAAGAUUUGCUUAAAGAUAUGGAUUCAUUUGAGGAUAAGGUUGUUGGAUCUUUUGUAAGAAUAAGGAUUACGGGUGCCGGACAAAAACAAGACAUGUACCGACUAGUUCAAGUUGUAGGCAUUGGGAAGGGAAAGCCCUAUGAAAUUGGUAAACAGAAAACUGAUGUUAUGCUGGAAAUUUUGAACUUGAAUAAAACAGAAGAGGAGAGUAUAGAUAGGAUUUCAAGCCAGGACUUCUCCGAGGAUGAGUGCAAGCGUUUAAGGCAGAGCAUAAAAUGUGGUUUGAUUGGUCGAUUGACUGUGGGUGAUAUUCAGGAGAAAGCCAUCGCCCUCCAGGCAGCACGAGUAAAUGACUGGCUGGAAGCAGAGAAACUACGGCUUAAUCAUCUCCGUGAUAGGGCAAGUGAUCUUGGAAAAAGAAAAGAGCUAAGAGAAUGUGUAGAGAAGUUGCAGCUUCUGAACAAACCUGAAGAGCGGUUCCGUAGGCUACAGGAAGUUCCUGAAGUACAUGCUGACCCUAACAUGGAUCCUAGUCACGAGUCCGAAGAGGAAGAAGAACCAGAAGCAGAUGAUAGAACACGAGAUAACUACUUGCGAUCAAGAGAUGCUGGAUAUAGUAGGAAGGGAAGAGAACCUAUAUCUCCGGGGAAAGCAGGUUCAAAAUUAAAUGAUGCAUGGAGUGGUUCGCGAAAGGGCUCAAGUACUACUUGGGAACCAAGCAGAAAAACAUCCACGCGAGGAUCCUGGGAUAGGAGAGGUGGUGUAGACGGAACAAAUGAAACCUCACCUAUUCGAGGAAGAGAUGCUCAAAUAUCCAGAAACCAGGCCCCUACACCUGCGUUUGACUCUGACACUUGGAGUGGCCAAGCAGUAGUUAGAUCUGAAUCUUCUCAAACGACACCAACUUCUCUGUCUACAGGAGCGGCCACAUCUUCUAGUGCCUUGGAAGCAGAGAAAAUUUGGCAUUACAAAGACCCAUCUGGGAAAAAACAAGGACCUUUCUCAAUGGUGCAGCUACGAAAGUGGAGUACUACUGGGUAUUUCCCUGCUGGUCUGAAGGUAUGGAGAGAUGGAGAAGAGCCCGAAGAUUCUAUAUCAUUGACUGAUGCAUUGAAUGGGAAAUUUGAGAGUGACCUGCCGCAGUGGGACAACAAGUUUUCUACCCCUCAAACAGCAGGAUCUGGAUCUGGAUCCGACAUUGCCAGAAUGAAUAACGUGGGUAGUGCAUGGAAUGGUAAUUCAUCCUUGCAUAUUGUUAAGCCUGCUGAAGUGUCCAAUCAUGGCGAGAGAAUGGAUUACCAAAAUCCACCUACUCCUACCCCUACACUGUCGACAAGUGUUGGAAGUUGGUCUAAUGUUGGCUGGAGUGGUCAAACUCGUACUCAAGUAGUCAAUGGUGUGCAGCAACCAGGUAGAUCAGUGAAAACGUCUGUUGAAUGGGGUGGACAUUCACCUACUCCAGUCGUUGGAGAAGGAAGCUCUGGUUUGGUGUCUGUUUCCAUUUCGCCAUCAGAUUCAGCAAAAUCAACCGAGGGGGGAGAAAAUCCACUUACUAUUAGAAGUAACUCAGUGGAAAUGCAAGGAGUUGUGAUGUCAGCUGCUAAUCCUAGCAUCACAACUUGGAAUGCGUCCGGUCAUAGUUACAAUAAUAAGGCUCCAGAAGAAAAUCAGGUAUGGAGGUCUGCUGAUUCAGCUCACAAGAUACCAAAUAUUAUGAUGAAUUCGAGACAUGGGGGUUUACAAUGUCAAGGAUGGGUUGCUCCUGCUCAACUUCAGGUUCAAGAUUUACCUACUCCAACCCCUACUACCACUGCCACUCAAGUUGUGUCAUAUUCUAAUCCAGGAUUUACAGUUUCAAACUCAGUACAACAGCAACAGCAGUUUACGUCUUGGUCUCCUACGCCUAAUACACAGAGUGGUAACCCAUGGGCAACAGCUCCAAACAUGCAGCAGCAACUAUCUCCAGUGCCGCCAAAUCCUAACUUGCAGCAGCUGGCCUGCAUACCACACACGCAGCUGCCACCGCCUCCUCCCGUACAUAUGCAGCAAUCACCUCUUGUCACUAGCAACCCAGGGUGGUGUCCCCCUCCAGCAAAUGCAAACAUGGGUUGGGGAGGUUCAGUGCAAGGAAAUGUCAACAUGGGAAGUUGGGUAGCACCACAAAUACAGCCGCAGGGAGCCAAUAAUGGGGGUAUGCAGCAGUGGGGGGGAAAUACUAACAACAGUAGUUGGGGUCCUUCACCUGCUGCAAAUAACAUGUCAGAGAGCCGACAGAAACAUGAUGGAAGAUAUUCUGGACAUCGGGACCGGGGUGGUUAUCAUGGUGGUAGAGGAGAUUCUAAUCAGAGUAGUAGUGAUGGUAGGCAACCCUGGAACAGACAACCAUCGUUCAGAGGAAAUGGAGGGUCUUCUGGGCAGAAGGGACCAAGAAUGUGCAAAUACUAUGAGAGUGGAGAUUGUAGGAGGGGAGCAGAUUGUGAGUAUCGUCAUCACUAAUGAAACAUAGUGAACUGAAUCAAAGAGGAAGCUUGUACACGCAGCAGCAGAGUUACAAAGUGAGCGAGGUUUGAUUUUCUUAUGUACAGAGCUGAACCCCCUUCAUACCUCUUGGUUGCUGCAGUACCGUCUCUCCGUGCUUCCCCGCCCACCCUCAUUUUUGUUCCCUUUUUCAUUGCUUCUCAUAUCGAAGCAGUUUUAGUUAGUAAUGUUAAUUAUCAUGUCAAACUUGUGAAGUUUAGAGUUCUUUAUCCACUUUUCUAUUGUUUUUUCUUGGCUUCUCUUCACUUGUCAGUUUAUUUUCUUAAUCUUGUAGAAUUUUACCAAACGGCACCAUCUUUUCUUUUGAAAUCAUACAAAUUACCGGCA